AUGAAGGAAUUAUUUGGAUUUAUUCUUAUAAUUUAUUCUCUUCCUAUUACUACCGCUAGCAGUGAGAUUUUUGCAAAAUUUUUAGACUUCAAGGGAACCUAUCGUGGGGUCUACACGACAUGUGAAGUUGAGCGGAUAAAUUACUCGGAAUUUAGUUCCUAUUUCAUUUCAAUUUAUGAUAUGAGAACAAGAAAUAAGAAAAUUGAUGAAAGUAUCUCGCAUUUGAAUAGAUUAUCCUUGAACGUGGCAGUUUUUCUUGAUUUAAACUGCGCUAAUACUAGAGAAGUGCUAAGAAAUGUAUCUGGUCCAGAUAUUUUCAGUAACAGAUUUUGGCUUCUGGCUGGUCGGAAUCUUACAUUGAUAAGAGAUACUUUGGGUGAACUGGAAAUUCAGAUUAAUUCAGAUGUAACUGUGGCGAUAAAUGAUAGUAGGUAA